AUGUCAAUGAAACUGUGCAUUUACGAGGAAUGGAAUAAAACACAGCACAGUUUAAAAUUCUCGCAAAUAUUUUUGACGAUCACAGUAUUUGUCUUAUUGGAUUUGGUAACUGUUGUUGGUAAUUUGAUGGUCAUUACUGACGUUGUGAUGAAGAAAAGACUACGUGCUACUGCCAAAACGCUUAUUUUAUCGCUUGCGACUGCCGAUUUGGUGACUGGAAUAGCAACCCUCCCGAUCAAUGCGAUAAAUGAAGUCCUGCAAGGAUAUUGGAUAUUCGGUGACUUAUGGUGUAUCGUAAAUAUUACAUUGGAUGCAUGGUUGUGUACGACAUCCAUUUAUAGCACAAUUGCAAUCAUCACUGAUCGACUUAUUGCAAUUACCAAACCACUACACUAUUCCAUACUGGUGACUCGCGAUAGGAUUUAUAUGACAGUUGUCGCUAUCUGGACGUAUUCAUUCUUGUUAUGCAGUCCAAAUUUCCUGCUUGUAAAUACUUAUAAAUCAGCGGAUAACCAAUGCAGAUGCAUUCCUGUGUAUGCUGGUAGAAUAUACAUCAUUAUCAGUGCGUCAUUAAGUUUCUAUAUACCAAUGGUGCUAGUAACUUUUAUUUCUACAAAAAUUUAUAUAAUUACAAGACGAGCUCGAUUGUUGGAUAUAGUAACGUCAUUUAACGUGGAUGAAUCGAAAAAAAAACUAUGCUCUAGUCAAUAUAAGGUUUUCCGAGGUAACAUCCAAAUUAAUAUGGAAAAUAUAAGAAAUAUGAAUAAAAAUGAAACUGCACGGUCAAAAGGAAAACGAAAUAUCAAAGAAAAUACCGUUCGAAGUAUAGAUUCGAAUAUUCAUUCUGCUGCAAAAAGAGAACUAAGGAAGCCUCACCCUCACCGUCUAAAACAUACAACGAGCGAACCAGAAAUGAUUAGGAUUAUUCAAAAGAAACGUUCUAGUGAACAGUUCGAUAUCCUAAUCGCCAAAGACCAACACCAGGGCUCACUUUUACAAAUUUUCGCCAGUCCAUCAAAAACUAAAUUUUGUGUUACUGAGGAUAAAAAACAGAAUCUACAGACUAAAACUACUGAAAUGAUUACUAUUAUAAGUGGCUGCGUCAUAUUUUGUAGGCUUUUUUACAGUAUACUUUACGGAUUUUCUUUAAAUGUUAGUCCACAUAUUUGGUCUAUAUCAUUUUGCAUGGGUCAUGUUAAUUCAGCCCUAAAUCCUGUCAUAUAUCUUUUUGUUAAUCGUGAUUUCAGGAACUAUUUUAAAGAGUUCUUUACUUGUUCUACAAAUGGUCGACCUUGA